AUGGCCAUGAAUUUCGUGACCUUUAAUCAGGACUACAGCUACCUAGCUGUUGCCACCUCGAAGGGUUUCCGCAUAUUCACGACCGACCCUUUCGCCAAGAGCUAUGAAACGAAGGAGGGGAAUAUCGCCGUGAUUGAGAUGCUCUUUUCGACCUCAUUAGUCGCCCUUAUCUUGUCUCCGCGACGAUUGCAGAUCACGAACACAAAGCGUCAAAGCACGAUAUGCGAAUUGACUUUCCCGACCACUGUUCUGUCCGUGAAACUAAAUCGAAAACGCCUGGUCAUCGUGCUCGAGGAUCAAAUUUACCUCUAUGAUAUUCAGACAAUGGGACUAUUGUCCACGAUUGAUACAUCACCAAACCCACAUGCUAUCUGUGCCUUGGCGCCGUCAUCGGACAACUGCUACAUGGCAUACCCUCUACCCCAGAAGGCCCCUGCCACGGUCAAACAACCCGCACAUGCUCCCCCAGGCACAUCACAUGUCUCCCCCACUACAGGAGACGUCCUGAUCUUCGAUGCGGUAAAGUUAGAAGCCAUCAACGUUAUCGAAGCCCAUCGUUCCCCACUCGCCUGCAUCACUCUAAACAGCGAUGGCACACUGCUCGCAACUGCCUCUGACAAAGGCACUAUCAUUCGUGUUUUCUCUGUCCCGGAUGGCCACAAGCUAUAUCAGUUCAGACGUGGAUCCAUGCCUUCCCGCAUCUACAGCAUGUCCUUCAACACGACCUCCACCUUACUUUGUGUCUCCUCAUCCACCGAGACCAUCCAUCUGUUCAAGCUGACCCAACAAGGCCCUUCGCCAGAUGGCUCAUCCGCCCACUCUCCAGUCGGUCGCGACUCUCACUCCGGCGCCAGCCCGUUCGGCCAUCAGGAUGAGGACGAUUACGGUGGCGAAAGCACCUCCGAGCUGGCAGCCAGAAAGCACAACGGCACGUUACUGGGCAUUAUUCGUCGGACAUCUCAAAAUGUUGGCGGGGCCGUGGCGGCACGGAUGGGCGGGUAUCUCCCCAAGGGAGUCAGCGAGAUGUGGGAGCCCACACGAGACUUUGCGUGGUUCAAGCUGCCCCGGUCAAAUCAAAAUGCGGGUGGAAACGGGAAUACCGGUCCGCUUAGGAGCGUUGUAGCUAUGAGUAACAACACGCCUCAGGUGAUGGUCGUCACCAGCGAUGGGAACUUUUAUGUUUUCAACAUCGACUUGUCGAAAGGUGGAGAGGGGACUCUCACCAAGCAAUACUCGGUCACCGAUUCCAAUGAUAGACUGGGAUAUUCCACGGUGGAUUAUUGA